AGGAAUGUCCAAUGUCCAUGUGACGUCCUUGUAAUGUAUGUUGUUUGUUUACAAGGGUAGUCGCUGCUGUUGGUGAAGAUCUGUAUCUGUGUAACAUUUUUCUAACACGUGUUAUUACAGUAUUAGUAUGGGUAUAGAAGAUUUUCAGAUUUUAUUAGAUAAUCCUAGUGGUAUAUACUGUGCUGGUUCUACAAUAUCUGGAAAAUUAAAAUUUUAUGUGGAUAAACCAAAGAAAAUAAGAGGUGUUAAAAUUAAAAUUCGUGGUGAAGCCAAUGUUUCAUUCUGGGGCACUAGAGAGGUCUCUAGGCCAGGAGAGGAUUCAAAAACUGAGGAAGUUCGCUUCCAUGCUUCUGAAGAAUAUUUUUCUACAAAGUACUACCUUACGGGUAGUUCUAGCAGUGAAAUGGAGAUUCUGCCAGGAGAGUAUGAGCAUCCGUUCACCACAACUUUGCCGCCUGUACUGCCUUCAUCUUUCGAGAGUGAACACGGCAAUAUUCGAUAUUUAAUUAAAGCUAAGGUUGAUAUUCCCUGGGAAAUUGAUGACAAAGUGGAGAAAUCGUUCAGCAUAAUGACCAAUGUUGAUCUCAACUACAUCGCAGAAGCUAAGUUACCAGUAAAACAAGAAGUGGAAAAGACGUUCUGCUGCCUUUGGUGUCGCUCGGGCCCUCUGACGAUGGUCCUGAACUUGCCGUAUGCUGGAUAUGUGCCAGGCCAGAACAUCCCUGUGAUCCUGGAGGUGGACAACGCGAGUGACGUGGAUGUGGAAAAUAUAGUCAUAAAGUUACAAAAGAUUUUAGAAUGUAAGGCUAAUGUGCCUGAGCACAGAACGAAGACAGACUAUGAGAACCUGGUGGAGCUUUCACUGGGUCGUGUCAAUGCCAGAGACUCAAAGACAUUCACUCAACAGUUCUCAGUUCCUGUGGUCCCUGUAUUCAACCUGCAACGGUGUUCCAUCAUCACUUGUGACUAUGUUUUCAUGGUGAUAGCUGAAACAGGAAGCUGCCACUCCGAUCUGACCGAUGAGGUGCCUGUGUUUCUGGGUACCGUGCCAGUCUACCAGGCUGGAGGAGCACCUCCUCCUGUAGAUUCCUCUGUGCCCUUACAACAAUCUUACAAUCCUACCAUGCCUAUGACACAACCGCCCUUCAAUCCUUCUAUGCCAACAGCACAACCGCCUUUCAAUUCCGCUAUGCCAGUAGCACAACCCACAUUCAAUUCCGCUAUGCCGAUGGCACAACCACCUUUCAAUCCUUCUAUGCCGAUGCCACAGCCUAUGCCCGUACCACAGAACCCAUCUGAAACUUUCCAAAUGCCUUCUUUCAAUCCCUCAAUGCCUAUGCAACAGCCUACCUCUGAUCCUUCAAUGCCAUUGCUGCAACCUUCCUUUAACCCUUCCAUGCCUUUGCCACAAGCUGCAUUAGACGCUUCAAAUCCUUCAGCAGAAUCUUCCUCCAAUUAUCUCACUCCACUGUUGCCAAAAACAAUCAUGCCCACGGCUCCCCCACCCACUCAGGCUGGCUGGAUCCAAUAGCAACAUAUGGCUGACUAUUGUUGAACGUCACAGCCGCACCAGUACUCAUGUCUACAUCUGCUGAAAUGUAAUGUGCAAAGGCGACAGCUGCAUCACUGCAAUAUCUUUGGAUUGCACCACUCAUAUUCAAGUCCAUUACAGUGACCUUUUCUGAAAUUAUUUUCCUACAUUUGGACAUGAACCAGCAGCAACUGUUGAUGCUUGCAGCGGACAAGCUUCAUCCUCGUCAUGGUGAGGCUGGAGUCUAGAAUCGUCAGGUGGAUGUGUUCCAUGAUUGAAGAGUGGUUAUAUUUCAUCAGUGCCAUUCUUGAGCGUGAUAUUAUCUCACGCUCAAAGCCAACACUAUCUCCUCUCUCUUUUGUCUUCUUAAAAACCAAAAAUCUCAGUCAAUACUGUGUCCACGUAAUCUACCUUUAUUGCCAAUGUAAAUGAGACAAACUUGAGUAGGAUAGACACAAUGUGCCUUCGCCCACAAUGGGUUAAAUUGCAAUCUCAGCCAAAUAGAUAACAGAAUUGGUGACAGGCUGCAUGGAAAAAUCGUCUGAUGUCAGGGUCACCUAAAUACUGCCUAUUUUGAAUCUUUGGAAAAGAAAUCCAAAAAGAAAGAUAAAAACCAUGUUGUGGCUAGAAUAAUUCUUUGAAAAUAUAUUAAUAAUAAGAUUUUAUUUUUAUAAAUGGUUAGAUUGAAUAUUUUUGUAUUCCAAGUACUAUCAAUAAAUUAUAACCCAAUAAAACAGUUGUGUUUUUUGUGAAUUUAUAGCAUUCCUAUAAGUCUUAGUAAUACAUUAAAAAUAUAUACUCUUCCAAAUAUAAGUGUGUGUGUUCGUGCCUGCACAUGUUGGGUAUUGUGAUAAAGUAAGUAAAUGUUUUAGCUUAAUUGUUUGGCUAUAAUUGUAUUUGUUUAAAGUUUGUUUAUUUGUAUAAUAUACACUAUAAUUAUAUACAAUUGAUAUUAUUAUAUACAAUGCAUAUAUUUUUU